UGGAGGUGCCGAGGUUCGGGCCCUGUGAGGGGAGCUCGGGAAGGGAGAGCUCGGAGGACAACCCCCUCCUCAAACUCUGGAGUAUUGGCGUUGUGGGUAGAGAGGAAAGCUGCCAGACGGAGGUCGAGAGAAAUGAGGCGGGGGCGGCGAAGAAGCGCGGAGCCCCGCCCCUCCGCCAUAGCGGCCUCCGGCGCCGCCUCUUCCUUUACGGCCUCCCGCCCUCGCCUGCUUCCGGCCCUGUGGCUGGUCCGGCCCCGCCGGCUCCCUCGGGACCGGCCUGUUGGCCGUGGCUCCCUCGGGUUGAGGGUCUGUGAUGCCCUGUCCUCGUGUGGGCCACAAAUCCGUGGACGUUGAGGGCCAGAGCUUGAGUCGAUAGAGGAAGAAUGCAAGGCUGUUCAAGAGACUGAGGUUUUGGACUUAGAAGCCUGAGGAAGCACUGUCCUGGUAGCAACACACUUGAAUUCCUAUUGGUGGGAGAAUGUGGCCCUUGAAGCCAUCCCGGAAAGAAGUUUUGCGGUUUGCCGUCAGCUGCCGUGUUCUGACUCUGAUACUGCAGGCCCUCUUCAAUGCCAUCAUCCCAGAUCACCAAGCAGAAGCCUUUUCUCCUCCCCGCCUGGCACCCUCGGGUUCUAUGGACCAGCUUGUGGAAGGGCUUCUGGGUGGCCUCUCUCGCUGGGACGCAGAACACUUCCUGUUCAUUGCCGAGCAUGGCUACCUCUAUGAGCACAACUUUGCCUUCUUCCCUGGCUUCCCUUUGGCCCUUCUGGUGGGAUCUGAAUUGUUGAGGCCAUUGAGGGGCCUACUGAGCCAGCGGAGUUGCCUGUUGAUUGCAGUAGCCUUGCUCAACUCCUUGUUCUCUGUGCUGGCUGCAGUCACCCUUCACGACCUGGGCUGUCUGGUUUUGCACUGUCCUCACCAAGCUUUUUAUGCAGCACUGCUCUUCUGCCUUAGCCCCGCCAAUGUUUUUCUGACAGCUGGCUAUUCAGAAGCUUUAUUUGCCUUCCUCACUUUCAGUGCCAUGGGGCAGCUGGAGAGGGGCCGAGGCUGGACUAGUGGUCUCCUCUUUGCUCUUGCUACUGGAGUACGCUCCAAUGGGCUGGUCAGCGUUGGCUUUCUUCUAUAUUCUCAGUGCCGAGCCUUUGUUUCUUCUUUCCUGGUGUUAAGCCUGGUGAGACAGUCCUUUAAGCUGAUGGCUUCUCUGUGCCUGUCUGUGCUCACAAUUAGCCUUCCCUUUGCCCUCUUUCAGUAUUAUGCCUAUACCCAGUUCUGUCUGCCAGGCUCUCCUCACUCCAUUCCUGAACCCUUGGUGCAAUUAGCUAUGGACAAGGGCUACCGGAUUGCAGAGGGAAAUCUGCCGCCGUGGUGCUCCUGGGACCUUCCUCUCAUAUACAGCUACAUCCAGGAUGUCUACUGGAAUGUUGGCUUUCUGAGAUACUAUGAGCUCAGACAGGUGCCUAAUUUUUUACUGGCUGCACCUAUGGCUAUACUGGUAGCCUUGGCAACCUGGACAUACGUGACCACCCAUCCUUGGCUCUGCCUUACACUUGGGCUACAAAGGAGCAGGGACAGUAAGCCCCAUCCUGGCUUCCUCAGUCCAGGGGUGUUUGUGUACCUGGUCCAUGCUGCAGCGCUGCUGCUCUUUGGAGGACUGUGCAUGCAUGUUCAGGUUCUCACCAGAUUUUUAAGCUCCUCCACUCCUAUUGUGUACUGGUUUGCAGCUCACUUGCUUCAGGAUCAAGAGCCAUUAUUGAGAUCCCUAGAGACAGCAUCUUCAAAGCCCUGUUCAGAAGACUCUUCACCAGGACAAAGGGUCCCUAGAAAUUCUAUCAUGGUACUCUUAUACAACUGGAAAACCUGUUCUCCAGUUACACAAUACAUUUUAGGCUACUUCCUAACGUACUGGCUCCUGGGACUGCUCCUCCACUGCAACUUCCUGCCUUGGACAUGACCUGGAAUCCCAAGGGACAAGCUGGAAGCCAAGUUAACUCAGGGUUUAAAAGUGAAGACACAGCUGGGCACCAGUGGCUCCUGCCUGUAAUCCUAACUACUCAGGAGGCUGAGAUCUGAGGAUCGUAGU